GCCAGAAAGGGGACAAUUUCCUUGGAAAGGGAGGGGGGCCCGUCCACGACCAUGGAAACGGGGGAGUAGGAAGAUCUGGGGGGCGAUCCCCACAGAACGGUUGGCCAAUCCCGUUGGCGUCCGAGUUCGGAGCCUGUUCGGCUGUUUUGCAGCUUUUGCGAGAGACGGAUUUCGGUUGGCCAGCGCAUCUGGCCGGCUCCAAUUUAUUUUAGCGUGGGAGGGAGAGGGGGGACCCAGCCAGUCGAGCUUCUCAGCGUUCGUACUUGGGCAAGCCCCUAUCUCGCUUCAAAGCGGCUCCCGGGAUGUCACUGCGAAGCGCCAUCCAUUUGCCAGCGUUGCUCGACGAAUGCAUCAGGCCCGGGGCGAGCCGACUUGAUUGGCUCCCAUGGGAGGGAGGACACCGCAGCUGCGAAAUUUGUGCGCUAUCACUUGCCACGACGAGGUCGCGAGGCAGGUGCCCGCCCUGGGCGGGCUGGCCUGGCUUUGAACGCACAUCUGUUCAUAACGAACGAACUGGCUGCAGAGUUGGGAUUGUCUUCGGUUUUCUGGCGUCUCGGUCUCGCAAGAGUGAGUUUUCUCCUUUCCAUUUCUCAUUUUGGGAGGCGGGGGCGCCACUGAUUGGAUGCCGCAGCGCAGUCAGACUCAGCACGGGGACCCUGGCUCGGCCGGGUCGCACUAAGAUGACCGAAAUGGCCCGUAGGAGUGAUGAAUGGGGUUUUUGCUUUAAUGGCCGUGCGGCAACCCACCGGCGCGACGUGAGACAUUGGGUUGACGAGAGCGAGCGAACCUGGCUGAUCGAUCGGGAGAGGGGCCAAGCCCAAGCCGCCACCAGUCCAACCCGAGCCAUCCCAGCCUAUCCUAAUACGAAUUCCAGGGGGGGAGCAGCAGAAAAAAAGCGGGCAACUAGGUUCUCCCAGGUCAGGCAGGCCGUCAGUCAGGUCAGGGCAAGCCGCCGACCAGCCAAGCAAUCCAAUGCAGUGCACUUGCAGGCAAGCCAGGCAAAAAAGAACGAGCUGACUUCAUCGUUCGUUUCCCUCCUUUUCCCAACCCAUCACCACUCAUCACUCACUUUUCUCCCUCCCGCACCCUCCCCCGCCACGCUCACAAGCACGCCCGCAUAAUUCCCUGCCUGCCGUGUUUGUUGUUUACUGCUUGUUACUUGCUACCGAUUCGUGUUCUUCUCUUUCUUCCUUUUUCCCGGCCGAUACGUAGCUGGCCGCCGUCAAGUCACGCACUUGCGCCGCUCUGCUAGUCACUCGUUUAUUUUUAUUUUUUACGAUACGAUUGCUACCGCUAUUUUGCUACUAUUUUUACUAGCGGCGGAU